CUUCACUGGACUAACACCAGCGCUGGGGCAGAGCCUAGACGCUACUGGAGAAGAAUUCCUAGAGCUCACAGAGAGACUACUGGAACAAGCUCCGGCUGCUGCCCUGGCAAAGCAGAACUGCAAGCUCUGGGAGUCUGCCAUCCAGGGUCCCCCCAUGGACUCUGCAGACGCAGGUGGGGAGAAGGGCGAGGCUGAUCUGGAAGCUGCCUCGGGUGAGGGCUGCUUGGCAGUGCACAGAAUAGGGGAGCCCCCGAAAUGCAAGCAGGAUCCCCGAGACGCAGGCAGUGACCCCCCUGGUCUGGACCUGCUUCAGUACGAUCAGGAUAUUGACUCGUUGCUGAGGAUGGUCGCUGAGCUCAAUGGGAAGAUUGGGGGGCUACAGGGACCAGCCAGUGCCAAAGAGGGUGAUGCCGUCCCCCUUAAAGAGAUGCCCGGUGUUCAGAGCCCAGAGCCUCAGUGUAGCCCCCUAGAAGAUGGAGGUCCACCAAGCAGCACAGAGACUCCAGGGCAAGGAGGCAGCACUGAGCUGUGGACGGAGGUGCAGAGGUUACUGGACGCCCUGGACAGCUCCAUCAACAGCAGAAGGGCCAGGGCUGUCCCCUGCACGUUCCAGGACAGUGACAGUCACAUCGAGCACCUCACAGCAGCCUGGGAAACCUGGGUCCACGUCACACAGGUGCUUGAUGACAUGGAAACAGAGUUGGGGAUCCCCUCUGUCCCGGGGCUCCCCCCCGAGGAGCGCAGCUGCCUCCAGAGGGAAGUCCUCGCCUCCCGCCAGGGGAACCGCGACCUCCGCACGACCCUGCAGCAGCGGGAGCAGGAGAUUCACAGGUCGAAGGUCAUGCUGAGCAGCCUGCAGGAGGAGCGUGACAGACUCAAAAAUAAGGUAAUCUCUCUCCAGUGCAGCCUGCAGGCAGUGGGCAGUGUGCCCCUCCCUCCCAGUGGAAUCAUGAGCCCCCCUUGCCUGGCCUCACCCCCUUGCCCUGGCUCUCCUGUGCCCCUCCCUGCCCUGGGCAGCGGAGGUGAGAGACCCACUCCAGCCACACCCACAGUCCUUGUCUUUGAGAACGGAAUUGAGCAGCUGCACAGGUGCAUCGAGAGGCUGAGGUCUCGAAACGAUCGUCUCUCUGCAGCGCUGGAGAGAAGGAAGGGGGAGUCGGAGCGGCUCAGCAUGUUACUGGGCAAACACGAGUCCAGCAACACAGCCCUGCAACUGGCUCUGAGAUACAGUGAGGACUCUGUGGAAGCCUACAGCGAGCUGUGGUCUCUGUGUGAAGCCAGGAGCGCCGCCCUGCUGGAGACAAGAGGGGCUGCAGAGCCGACUGCUUGCCCUGACUCUGCUGAGAGAAGCCCAGAGACCGGAGAGUCCUCUCACUCAGCAGCAGAGGGCGCCGUGGAGCAAACCCUUGCAGCACAGAGCGGGCGGGAUCGUGACAGUGCGCUCCGGGAGAGAAUCCUGCAGCUCAGGAAGGACCUGGAGGCCGUGCAGAUUCCUGUCCUUGAGCCAGGCGCUGGGGAGACGGGGGGCAAGGACACAGACACCCUGCCUGGACACAGAGACCCAAAGCCAGGCAACACACCCAGCCCCAAGAGGGGGAAAACAGCCCUGCUCCAGGAGCUUGUCAACGUCAGGGAGGAGAUGGCCGAGCUGAGGGAAGAGAUCAGGCUGGCGGAGAAGGAGAGGAGGAGUCUGGAGUGGACCCUGGCUGCUCACAAGACACAGGAAACAGCCAGCAGACUGAUACUGGAGAGCCUCCGGGCAGAGCUGGAGGAGGAGGAGGCAGGGAUACAGAUCCCCCCAGAGUGGGCGGCUCCAGCAGCCCCUAGUGUGGGGGUCCCGGGACCCCAAAACGAGCCAAUCCUGCAAGAGAUUCAGGCAGCACUGGGACGGGAGCUGGCUCUGAGUAAGCGGGUGUCUGCUCUGCGCGGCUCUUUGGAGGUGGUUCUGACGGACAGCGCCACCCGCAGGAGACAGAGUGCAGAGAUCACCGCCCAGCUGGCCAGGGAGCACAGUAGAGCGACAGCAGCCUACCAGAGCUCCCGGAUGAAGUACCGUGAGCAGCUGUGCCGUCUGGAGCGUCAGAUCGUGGUGAUGUCACAGAGGCAUAGCGCCCAGAUCGGCGGACUGCAGGGGGCGCUGCAGGCCCUGGAGUGGAGGCGAGCCGAGACCACACUCUGACUGCACCACAGACCCCGAGCACAGUGAAGAAAGAUAACCAGGAUCCUUUUUAUUAGGGCUGUGCUGCUACUCGAAUUGCCUUUAAGAAGUAUUUAGUGGCAGGUAUUCAAUCAAUCCAUUCGUUAACAUGUUCAAAACAGGAAAAGCUGUCCUUCCCUCACGUCUGCCUUUUCAUCGUCUGUUUACGGACUCGGAACCCCAGUACGGCAGUGAAAAUGUCAGCUCCCCAGAUCAGAGGAAAAUAAUCUUCCAGACGGCUUUUGAAACACUAAUUAACACUGCAGAAGUUAAGUGACAUUGACUGGUAUCCAGUUGUAAACGCGAGGGAAGGACAGCUUUUCCUGUUUUGAAAUCAGCACGCCAAUGAAUGGAUUUAUUGAAGACCUGCCGAUAAAGGCUUCUGAAUUCAGAGUCCAGGUAUCAGCACACCCAUUCGUUUUAUUGUGUUUCAUCUCAGUAAGGGCAAUGUAAAUUGGAUCUAGUGCGAAACCAAAGGUCUUACAUUUUUUUCGUCCUUCAUUAGAUUUUCAGUACUUUUCUGUACAGGUUUGAUUGUAAUAAAUAAAUAACUCUAGAGUGCACUGCUGCAGGCUCCCCACAAGAGGGUGCUAGAUUAUAAUUAUUAUUUUGUUUAAUCAGAAACUACAAUAGCUGCCAUAGCUUCUACGAAGGAGAAAAAAGUAUUUUUCUGCACAGAUAUCUUGUUUAAUUUUACACUUCCAAAAUAACUCCUUGGUGUCUGUUUGCUACAUUUUAACACUUUGUAGAUACUCGCUGCCACAUAUGAAAUGUAUUGAUAAUGCAUUUAUACAGCAAGACAUUAUGGCAUUGUAAUAUAAGGUUUGUCAGGUUUACAGUUUGUUCGAAGGGUGUUUGGACUCCAUGAUCCUCUCCCUUAAUGUGCAUAUUUGUAAAAAACUGAAUUAUGUAUUGUUUUUAUUAAGCACUGUAAGCUUUUCACAUUAAACAGCUACUAAAAAAACCACGUACAUAAAUCACUGUCUGAAUUGUGACAGCUGUAAUCGUAGCCCCUUUUACAGUCAAUGUCCGGAUUCUUUCUGUUUUUUAUAUACAUUCAAUAUUUUUAUUACAUUAUUUAUGUUAUAAAUCCCCAAAUUCCUACUCUUAUUUUAAAGGAUUAAGUUAAUCUAAACUGAUACGGAAUGAUUAUGUUUGCCAGCGAUAACGAGGACAAGAGGGUUGGCUAAUUAAUGAAAAUUUUGUAACUAACUAAACACAUUAACGAACAAACUCACAAA